CUAGUAAAGAGUACGAAAUACAAAAAAUAUAUGCACCGCCUGAGCUUAGUUACGUGACGCUUUUAAGGGAAUUUGGAUUUAGAAUCAGUAAACUUUGUGUAACAAGCCAUGCCAAACAAUGCUAAGGUGUUUAUUCACUAUGGACCAUAUGAAGCAGCUGGGAUAGUUGACCACAGAGAGUCAAGACUGAAAGGGCUACAAGCAAUUUUGAAGAAAGAUGGCCAUACUGUAGAAUUAGUUAAGGCAGAAGACUGGAAUUCUGUUGAACUUAAUGUGAAUGGAGAACAAGUAUUCAAAUGUGACAUCAAUGACUUGGACUAUGGAUCUGAUGGAGAACUCGACAGUUUGUGUAUCAAAGCGAGGGAUGCGGUGAAAAAAGCAUAUUAAAUAAUUCAACAUGUGUUGUUCAUCAGCAUUCAUUGUGUUAUAAAGAUCAUUAAUUUUUAUUCUUACCAGGACAAAUAAGCUUUAACAAAAUGAUAACAUAAUGCCUUAAUUUUUCAUCCAAAUUUACUUGUCAGAAUGAUCAAGUGUCCUUUUUCAUCCUCAACAAAAGUAAUAUGGAAAAAUAUGAACAACAUGAAAGAAUAUUAAGUAUUUUUUUAUACUUUUUCAGACUGCUGAGAAUACCUGUGAUUGUUUUAACUGAACAUAUUUUAUUAAAUUUUCUGUGUUUGUAAUUCUAUAUUACAUGGAUAUUUGUUGGUUUCUGUGUAAGUUUGAAACUUCAUUCGCAACAUAAUUAUCAGAUGUAAUAUGUUAAUGAGUGGAAUACAUUUUGGUACGGCAUAGAAAACAAAUUUUCUUUUUAUUUCUUGUAUUUUCAAUGUUUUACCAGAUUUUUACCUAUUUUGUAGUUUAGUGUCAAUGAAAAAUAUACUUGGUUAUAUUAGAUAUAUUAAACAUUUACUGAAUAGCUUCUCUGAGUCAGCAGUCAAAACUAUUGUCCAAAGUCAGAAAGUACAAAUGCCUAUUGCUCAAGAUUGUCAGUAUAGGAUAAAUAUUGAAGAUGUUAUACAGCUAUUAAACAGUCAGGGGUGUAACUGUUUCAAGUUAUCGCAAUUUAUAACCCAUCUGAGUUAUUGGUUAAACUUCCAUAACUUGUUUCAGUUAUCAUAAAAUAUAAAUAUAACGAAGCCCUCCUGUGCCAAUUCCUCAUUUUGAAAGAGACUAAUGCAAUUAUUUCCUGAAUCCUUGACCUUUUAUCUUUCCAGCUUUGCAGUAAAGUUUUUUUUUUACUGCAAGGCUGAUAAAGUUUUACGCAAAAAGCUUUAAAGCUAUAAAUCUCAUUAUUAUCCCAUUAUGCUUAUCAGGUCAUGCUCAGACUAAAAGAGAAUUUGAUUAACCUCAGUUUGCUACUAAUUUCACUUUAAAGGUCACUUUGUGAGAACAGCAAAAAGACUUUUUUCAAAUAACUUACCUGAGUUAACUAUAUUUUAUAACUAAUACAGGUUAUAAAAUGCUUGAAAAAGUAACUGAAAUAGGGUACAUAACUUAAAACAGUUACACCCCUGACUGUUAAACUGUUAAUGAUAUGGUUCAUAUUUUAAAUGAAACCAAGCCUAUAGUUUAUGUUACAUUUUUGUCUUUGUUGCAUUACAAUAUAAAUUUAGGACAUUUAAAAUAUAGAUCUUUAUUAAAUAAUUCAUGUACAAGGCAAGCUUGUACAUUUAGAAUUCGGUAGGAUAGUUCUUUAAACACUUCCGUCCAAAAGUAAUUAAAGUUUAUCUAUAAAUAAAAAUUAUAAAUGCUUGAAAUUUGACAGAAAAUCGAAGAAGUAAAAGGUUUUACAGUAAAGUGUAAAAAUGCAUGUUGCACACCUGAAUGUAUGCAUCGACCCUUCAGAACUUUACAGAAUUAUUUAUUUAAAAUCUGUAUAAUCAUUGAAAAUAUGUUUUUGAAUGCCCAGCUAUGAUACGGUAAAUGUUAUAGUUCUUAAUUUCCGGACUCUUUGAUGUAUCAUGUUAAAAAAAUGUACAUUUAUAUGUUUAUAAAACCUUGAUUUUGCAAUAAAAUAAAACAUUAUGAAUUUU